AUGGUGGAGCUUCGUGAACACCUCUGCACACAGAUUAAAGCUUUAUUACAGGCAAAACUUACAGCGGAAAGCAAAGAGUACGGCUUCGCCUGGCCCGAGAGGAUGAGCUGCGAGAGCCUGCCGGUGCUGGGGGACACCGAGGAGCUCUGCAUGGGAUACAACCGCACGGAAGCCACCACCCUGCCGCCUUUCUUCGGGAAGCCCACGCGCCCAGCCAAGGACGCGGCCAAAAACCUGACGCCGCUCGGUGGGCAGCGCCCCUCGGGGCUGGACUGCGGCCGGACUUGCAAGUGCAAAGCGCCUCUGAUCCCCAUCUCCAAGGAGUCCCAUCCGCUCUACAACCGCAUCAGGACUGGGCAGGUACCCAACUGUGCCAUCCCCUGCUACCAGCCCUACUUUACCCAGGAUGAGAAGACCUUCGCCACUUUCUGGAUCGGCCUCUGGUCCAUCCUCUGCUUCCUUUCCACCUCCACCACCGUGGCCACCUUCCUCAUCGACAUGGAGCGCUUCAAGUACCCCGAGCGCCCCAUCAUCUUCCUCUCUGCUUGCUACCUCUUUGUCUCUGUGGGCUACAUCGUGCGGCUGGUGGCAGGGCAUGCCAACGUGGCUUGCAACCCGGAGCACCAUCACAUCCACUAUGAGACCACGGGCCCUGCCCUCUGCACCGUGGUUUUCCUUCUCCUCUACUUCUUCGGCAUGGCCAGCUCCAUCUGGUGGGUCAUCCUGUCCCUCACCUGGUUCCUCGCAGCUGGCAUGAAGUGGGGCAACGAGGCCAUCGCUAGCUACGCGCAGUACUUCCACCUGGCUGCCUGGCUCAUCCCCAGUGCUAAAUCCAUUGCUGUACUGGCACUCAGCUCCGUGGACGGCGACCCGGUGGCCGGGGUUUGCUACGUGGGCAACCAGAGCCUGGAGAACCUGCGGGGCUUCGUGCUGGCACCGCUGGUGGUUUAUCUUUUCACUAAGCUGGAGAAGCUGAUGAUCCGCAUUGGCAUCUUCACUGUGCUCUACACUGUGCCUGCCACCAUCGUCAUUGCCUGCUACAUCUAUGAGCAGCACAACCGGGAGGCGUGGGAGCGGGCGCAGAACUGCUCCUGCCCGGGGGACACCCACCGCCCCAAACCUGACUACGCCAUCUUCAUGCUCAAGUACUUCAUGUGCCUUGUGGUGGGCAUCACCUCUGGCGUCUGGAUCUGGUCCGGCAAGACUCUGGAGUCCUGGAGGCGCUUCACAGCCCACUGCUGCCAGGCCAGGAAGCCCGCAGGUGCCUCCGUGUACAGCGAGGCCAGCCCGGCACUGGUGGGCAGGACAGUGCUGCCCAGCAUGGCCUCUUACCACAAGCAGGUCCCGCUGUCCCACGUGUGA